AUGUCAUAUAAUCGAAUAGAUCCGGCGGGUCAAGGCCAAGACGAUUAUUACGAUAUGAAUAAUAGACAUAACUCGCCGCAUCCUCAAGGGUACCAAUUAGAAGAUGCGCCAUAUGGAAGACCACCCAUUGGUUCACCCGGUCCUGGAAUGCAUAAUCUUGAGAUACCUAUGGGUCCUGGAGCACAGAGAGUCGGAACUCCAAGUGAUCAAUUACAAGCUCAACCUUCUUAUUCCGUCGAGCAUUUAGACCAAAACCAAUAUCAUCAGCGUAUGCCUCUCAACCCCAGUCACAGCUACGACUCGGAAUACACCGUAGAUCCUAAUGCGCAUCACGAUGCUUAUUACCAACCUCCAUAUCAACCAUCUCCUCAUGAAGAACACCCACUGCAAACUUACCCACAAGGCCAAGACCCCUACGGUUAUGCCGACGAUGAUGACCAUCAACCAAUUUUACAAUCGCAUGAAUCUUAUGGACCAGAUCCACAUACUGCUAGUGGUGUCGAGUAUAAGAGUUAUGAUGGGGCUCAUGGACCAGAUCCAUCUGCGACACCUGUACCCGCGUUAAGGAGAUACAAGACAGUGAAGGAAGUCCAACUGUUCAAUGGCAAUCUCAUACUUGAUUGUCCGAUUCCUCCCAAGCUCUUAAAUCAAGUCAAUCAUGCACCACCACCGGAGAGAGAUGAGUUCACACAUAUGAGAUACUCGGCAGCAACAUGCGACCCCAGCGAAUUCUUCGAGGAGAGAUUCACAUUGCGACAAAAACUCUUUGCAAAGCCUCGGCAUACAGAACUCUUCAUCGUUGUUACUAUGUAUAACGAAGAUGAUGUAUUAUUUGCUCGAACAAUGCAUGGAGUAUUCAAGAACAUUGAAUUUAUGUGCUCUCGCAAGGAUAGCAAAACAUGGGGAAAGGAUGCCUGGAAGAAGAUUGUAGUAUGUGUGGUCAGUGAUGGACGUGCCAAGAUUAAUCCAAGAACAAGAGCCGUAUUGGCUGGUUUAGGAGUCUACCAGGAUGGAAUUGCAAAGCAACAAGUCAAUGGCAAGGACGUAACAGCACAUAUCUACGAAUACACGACGCAAGUUGGUAUUUCUCUGAAGAAGGAUAUCGUUGAACUUAGACCAAAACAACAACCCGUUCAACUGCUUUUCUGUUUAAAGGAAAAGAAUCAGAAGAAGAUUAAUUCACAUAGAUGGUUCUUCCAGGCCUUUGGUCGGGUGCUUGAUCCAAAUAUCUGUGUGCUCAUUGAUGCUGGUACAAAACCUGGAAAGGAUUCGAUUUACCAACUCUGGAAAGCUUUCGACUUGGAACCUACAUGUGCAGGAGCUUGUGGUGAGAUCAAAGCUAUGUUGGGUCCAGGAGGAAAGAAUUUACUCAACCCGCUGGUUGCUACCCAGAAUUUUGAGUAUAAGAUGAGUAAUAUUCUGGAUAAACCUCUUGAAUCGGCCUUUGGAUUCAUUUCGGUAUUGCCGGGUGCUUUCUCUGCAUAUCGAUACGUUGCGUUGCAAAACGACAAAGCUGGAAGUGGACCACUCGAGAAGUACUUUGCAGGAGAGAAAAUGCACGGAGCAAACGCGGGUAUUUUCACUGCCAACAUGUACCUUGCCGAGGAUCGUAUUCUGUGUUUUGAGUUGGUAUCAAAGAGAAAUUCUCACUGGAUCUUGCAAUACGUCAAAUCUGCUACGGGAGAAACUGAUGUACCGGAUACGAUGGCUGAACUUAUCUUGCAACGUCGAAGAUGGCUAAACGGAAGUUUCUUCGCUGCUAUCUAUGCUCUCGCUCAUUUCUAUCAACUAUUCCGAAGUGAUCACAGCUUCUUAAGGAAAAUCAUGUUCUUGAUUGAAUUUGGUUAUCAAACUAUUAACAUGAUCUUCGCCUGGUUCGCUCUUGGUAACUUCUUCUUGGUUUUUCACAUCUUGACUACGUCUCUCGGAAACGAUGACUUACUCGGCAAUGUCGGUGUAAUUCUUGGUGUUGUCUUUGAAUGGCUUUAUCUAUUUACGCUUUUGACCUGUUUUAUUCUGGCGUUGGGAAAUCGACCUCAAGGAACGAAUAAAGUUUACAUGUCUAUGGUUUAUUUCUGGAUUGUUAUCAUGAUAUACCUAAUGUUUGCUUCAAUUUUCAUCACGGUCAAAUCAAUACAAACUCAACUUGCGAAAGACCAAUUCAGUUGGACGGAUAUCAUCAAGAAUCAAAUCUUCUAUACUCUCAUCAUCUCUCUAGCCUCAACUUAUCUACUCUGGUUCAUCUCAUCCUGCUUAUUCUUCGACCCAUGGCACAUGUUCACAUCUUUCUUUCAAUACCUUCUUCUCACCCCAACUUACAUUAACAUUCUCAACGUUUACGCUUUCUGUAACACUCAUGAUAUUACAUGGGGUACAAAAGGAGACGACAAAGCCGAGAAACUUCCCUCCGCAGUCCUCAAAGCAGGUGGUAAAGUCGAUGUUAAUAUUCCCACCGAUGACGGCGAUCUCAACGCACAAUAUGAAUCUGAGAUGCGCAAAAUUCAAGCUAAAGCUCCUCCCGAAAAACGAGAAUUCUCACCAGAAGAGAAACAAGAAGAUUAUUACAAAUGGUUUAGAUCUUCGGUCGUCUUGUUCUGGUUGGUCUGUAAUUUUGCACUCACGAGUGCGGUGUUAAGUACGGCUGGAUUGGAAAAGAUCGAUACGACUACGGAUGAUACGACAAAAAGUACAAUCUACAUGGCGGUUGUGCUUUGGAGUGUAGCGGGAUUGAGUACGUUCAAAUUUAUCGGGGCGAUGUGGUUUUUGAUUGUCAGGAUGUUUAGGGGUGUUUAG